AUGGCAGCCGGAAUAAUGCAAUCCAUUGACGAUAAAGUCGAUGAGGAUUUUUUGUUCUUUUUAGAACAUUAUAAUGAAGCUUUUAUUUCGUUAAGAUCCCAAAGUGACAAAGAAAUUUGCAAUAAAUGGUUAGAUAAGCUCGCGAUUGAAACGUAUAAGACUACAAAUGAAAAACAAAUACGUAAUAUAUAUUUAUCACAACUGAUUUUAAAUAUGAACAGCCGUAAGCUCAGCGCUCCGUUCAACGAUCCCCCUAAACCAGACAAGUUGUCUCUGGACGGUGUCUUUAAGGAAAUUACUGCCAAACCUAGUUUAGAAGCCCAAAAAGAGAAAGAAAUUGAAGAUAAUAAAAGGAAAUGGUCUCAAUUUGUUCGAAACCGAGAAAUGGAAAUGAUCGACUUAAAUCAUCUAUCGAACGAUGGACGAACUUACAUAGCGUGCAAAACUUUAGCUGAAGAUGCUGGUUUAUUCGCAUACGUAGCUAUAACCCUGGGUGAUACAACAUGUGGAUGGGUUAAUACGUGUGGCCAACCAAUCCCUGCGCCUCAAGUAAAGUCGUUAGACUUAAAAGUGGACAUGUCUGACGUACAGAAUAAUGAAUCUAAUAAAGAAAACAGAAUGUAUCAAUUAACGGCCGAAAUUAAAAAGAUUUUGUUAAAACGAAAGGCACCGGAAAUUCGGAUUUCAACUUUUGAGUUUUUCAAAAAAGUAUACAGCAGUAUCGAACAAGAGAUGUUGAGCGAAGGGGAUCUUAACAGUACCGCUUGUCGCGAUCCAUACGUUGAGAACCUGCUUGAAAAACUAAUAAUAGAGAGCAAAGGAUGUGAAAACUUCGACCCACAUGAAUUCAAAAAAAUGAAAAUGCUAUCAACGUUGAAAAAAAGAGUGAAGAAUAUACUACGAGAUAUCGAAAAGCGUAACAACGAACUUCACGAAAUAGAAGUUGCUUCGACGUCUGCAUUACUUACUCUAACCAGCCCGGCAUCCACCUGUACGAACUCCGUGUCCGAAAUGAUGUGGGAGAGAGCUUUAGCGGAAAACCCCACAGUUGAGGUUACCGAUGGACUGUACAAGACAUAUCCCGGUUGUUUGGUUCAAGUGUUCUUAUCUAUAUUGGUGAGAGAACGCCAAAAAAUUGUCCUCCGACUUCUGGAAAAACAAGAUAACCUCAUAGUGGAAAUGCGAAGAGAUCUACAAACCGAAAUCAAACAUGGAGUACAGUAUUAUAAGGUCGUUGUGACGAAACCGAUUUGUACGGGAAAUAUUGUUAUUAACACAAUCGUUUUACAGGUUGCCAGGAGAGAAUGGAUGGACGUCAUGCGGGUGAUAAUACAUUACAACAAAAUAAAAGCCAGUCUUACCGAAAAAGACAACGGAUGCAACUCGAACAUCAAAGGCGGUUAUCUAGAUGAUGCGAUUCGCAAGGAAAUCGACGAUACUAGGAGACGGCUGGAUAAAUUAAACGGGAAAAACGAGAAGUUACAAGAUGAUAUUUGCGAACUCAACAAAACAUUACACGAGAUGAUGGAAAAAAUUGAUAUGGAACAAUUACAAACCGAUGACCUGUUGCGUGAUUUUCAAAACGAAAUAAACAGCGAAAAAAAUCUAAUAACGGAAAGGGCUCAAACUAUCGAACAGUUAGGUGGGAUGUUACAAGCACGCCAAAAAUGUAGUCCUUAA